AUGCAAAGAUUUAUUGAUACAACCCUUGCUGUUACGAAAGAGUCGGUAAAGACAUUUACUUAUGAAUCCUUGCACAACAUCGUGAGACUAAUAAACGGGCUCUCGGCACUCUUACUGGCCAUUUUGCCCGGAAAGGCUAAGAUUCUCGAGGGGAUUCAAGGAUGGGAACUAAGACCUACCGUUCGCGGCCCCCGAUUUCCUCGUUGGAUGAAGAAUGGAGUAUCUUCGUUCAACAAAUUCGUUCACGAGCUACCGACGGAUUCAGACGAAGACGAUAACGAUUCGACGUAUCAUUCCCCAAUAGAUCGUCAAGACAAAGGAUGCAAUUAUCCUCCUGGAUCGCCCUUCCAUCGUCGCUGCCGUUCCUCCUCCUCUCAAUUCACAAGUCAAACUAAGCAUCCAAUAAUAAGAACGAUAACUAUCGUCUUCUCAUGCAUUCUCAUUCCUCUCAAGCUCCUCUUAAAGAUACCACUUUCUCUUUACCGAGUUAUAUUCAGCAAUCAAAAACCAACAACAAAUCGCUCCCGCAAAGAUAAUAACAACAAUAAUAAUAACAGUAAUUACCAACCUUGUUGUUCAACACCCACAGGAAAAGGGCAUGCUUUCAUUCAUCGUGCUACUGAUAAGAGACGUGGAAUCAUUGAGGAUCUUCAUUUAUCGAUAGAAAUCUUCAUCGAGAAUGUAUUCGAGUUCUUCCACAAAGCUGCUCAUUGUUUGUUUUCUCCCAUACAAGUUCUGAAAGGGUUACGAAGGAGAAGGUUUUGGUCUCAUGUUAAGUAUACUAAUAUUAGCAGCAACGAGGAGAAUAUUUCUGAAGAUGGAACUUCUUCACAUACCACUACUGUCCCAGCAAGCACCCUGGGCGAGGUCGAUCCGUCGAUAAAAGAGAGGAAAACUGCUCUUCCUGGGGCUUUGAACACAGAUGCUCGUACGUGUCAAGACGUUAUUACAGAACUCGGGUACCCUUAUGAAGCUAUUCGUGUGAUAACCUCUGAUGGUUAUGUUCUCCACCUUGAAAGAAUCCCUAGACGUGAUUCGCGAAAGGCUGUUUAUCUCCAGCAUGGCGUCCUAGAUUCAUCUAUGGGGUGGGUGUCUAAUGGCGUUGUUGGAUCUCCAGCAUUUGCAGCAUAUGAUCAAGGGUUUGAUGUUUUUCUUGGAAAUUUCCGAGGGUUGGUAUCCAGGGAACAUGUGAAUAAGAAAAUUUCCUCUCACAAGUACUGGCACUAUUCCAUCAACGAGCAUGGCACAAAGGACAUCCCCGCCAUGAUCGCCAAAAUCAACGAGAUCAAAACCACAGAACUAGCAAAUUUCACCACCAAAUCAUCACCGUCAUCGUCACCAUCCUCCAACGACGAGAACCAACCCUACAACCUCUGCGCCAUCUCCCACAGCCUAGGCGGAGCCGCGAUGCUAAUGUACACCGUAACGCAACGCCUCAGCCACAACCCGCACCGCCUCUCCAGGCUGAUCCUCCUCUCCCCGGCGGGGUUCCACGACGACUCGAACCUCGUGUUCACCACGGUCGAGUUCCUCUUCCUGCUGGCGGCUCCGGUCCUCUCGAAACUCGUCCCGGCCUUCUACGUCCCCACGAGGUUCUUCCGCAUGUUGCUGAACAAGCUGGCCCGCGACUUCCACAACUACCCGGCCGUCGGCGGGCUGGUGCAAACCCUAAUGUCGUACGUGGUCGGAGGGGACAGCUCGAACUGGGUCGGGGUGCUGGGGCUGCCGCACUACAACAUGAACGACAUGCCCGGGAUCUCGUUCUUCGUGGCGCACCACCUGGCGCAGAUGAAGCACGCGGGGAGGUUCGUGAUGUACGACUACGGGAGCGAGGAGAGGAACGUGGAGGUUUAUGGGUCGCCGGAGCCGUUGGAUUUGGGGGGGAACUAUGGCAGGAUCGAUGUGCCGGUGGAUUUGGUGGCCGGAAAAAAGGACAACGUGAUACGCCCGGAGAUGGUGGUGAAGCAUUACAGGUUGAUGAAGGAUGCGGGCGUUGAAGUGGUGUACAAUGAGUUCGAGUAUGCGCACUUGGAUUUCACGUUCUCGCACCGGGAGGAGUUGUUGGCGUAUGUGAUGUCGCGCAUGGCGUUGGUGGAGUAUGGGAGGAAAAAGAGGGAAGUGUUGGCUCUUCAAACCUAA